CGAAUAUGUAUAGAAUUUACUGAGCUAAACUUUCCGAUAAAUCAGCUCGAUGUGAGAGUGCUUAAUUACUGCUUUUUUAUUUUAUUUCUUCUGUUCUCUACAAAUCAUGGCACAUAUUAUAUAUCAAAUGAGUAUUAUAUAUAUCAAAGAUAGCUCUGGAGACUGUAAUUAAGCUCAUGUCCGAAUUUGUGAAGGGCCAUGUCUAUUUCAAGAUCGUUGCUUCUUCAAACCUCCAGUAAGAAAUUCUCUACCCAUAUAGAAAGGAAACUAGAAGGCAAGGUAGCAGUGAUCACUGGGGCAGCAAGUGGCAUAGGGAAAGAAACCGCAGCCCAAUUCAUUAAUCAUGGAGCCAAAGUAGUUAUCGCCGAUAUACAGAGGCAACUCGGCCAAGAAACCGCAAGUGAGCUCGGACCAAACGCCACAUUUGUGCCAUGCGACGUCACAAAAGAAUCUGAGAUUUCCGACGUAGUGGACUAUGCCGUUUCCCAACAUGGACAGCUCGACAUAAUGUACAAUAAUGCAGGAAUAGCGUGCCGAACACCCCCAAGCAUAGUUGAUCUUGACCUUGCACGAUUCGACCGUGUCAUGGCCAUUAACGUGCGAGGUGUGGUGGCGGGAAUCAAACACGCCGCUCGUGUGAUGAUCCCGAGGGGGAGCGGUUGCAUUUUGUGCACAGCUAGCGUCACCGGGGUGAUCGGAGGACUUGCACAACCUACUUACUCAACUUCCAAAUCAAGCGUCAUAGGAAUUGUGAAGUCUGUGACAGCGCAGUUGAGCAAGCAGGGAAUAAGAAUCAAUUGCAUAUCUCCAUUUGCUAUUCCAACACCCUUUUCAUUGGACGAGAUGAAACAUUACUUCCCACGGGUGGAACCUCAGGACCUUGCUAAAAUCUUACACAGUGCUAGUGAGCUCAAAGGAGCAUAUUGUGAGCCCAUUGAUGUAGCCAAUGCUGCUCUUUUUCUGGCUAGUGAAGAUGCCAAGUUUAUUAGUGGCCACAAUUUGGUGGUAGAUGGCGGUUUCACCUCGUUUAAAAGUUUAAACUUAGCAGAUCAAGUGCAGUGACGUUCCAUAUAAAAUUGAUAUGGCAUUUGAUUCUUUACUA